AUGAAUGAAAACAUAAAUGUUUUGUCAAACUGUGGUUCAAGGAUUUUUGAAUUAUUAAGCAAUGAGAAAAAGGAUGAAAGCUUUGUGAGUGCCCCAUAUGCUAUCACUAUAAUUCUUAGCAUGUUAGCCAAUGGAUUAAAAAAUAAUAGUAGAAAACAGAUUGAGACUUUUUUACAGUGCGAAUCCUCUCUAACUAAAUUUAAUGAUACGGUUAAAAAUAUUAUUACAGUAUUACAAGAGUCAAAAGAUGAGAAUAAGCCUAAAGAAAAAGAAUUUGUUGUUAAAAAUUUUGUUUUCUAUAGAGAUAAUAUCAGGUUGCAAAAGAAAUUUGAAGAGACAAUGAUUAAUAACUAUUUCUCUACUAUUGAUAGUUUUGCUUUUUCUAAUUUAAAUGCUUCAGUAUACAAGAUAAAUGAUUGUAUUAGGAAAUCCACUUUUGAUAUGGUACCAAGUUAUUUGGAUAGUAUACCACCGGAUACUACUGCAAUGAUAAUAAAUACAGUAUAUUUUAAAAGCUUCUGGGCAGCACCAUUUACCGACCCGGCGCUAUUUGAAGAUUUUAUUAAUAAUGACGAAGUUAGUUCAGUGAACAUGAUGACGCAAAACAAUACGUUCCCGAUCGUUAAUAAUGAACUAUAUCAAGCCGUACAAAUGGCUUAUGAAAAUUCUGAUUUUUCUUUAGUAGCAAUUGUGCCUCAAAAAGAUAAAUCACUGAGUGAAAUUAAUAAGAAAAUAAAUGAACAAGGAAUAGCAAAAAUAAUUAAUGACAUGGAAAAUCGUUAUAUAAAUUUGAAAUUUCCUAAAUUUAGGACUAAAUCCAAUUUCGAUCUCAAUGAUAAUCUAAGAAAACUAGGACUUAAUGAAGUAUUUGACAAUCCUGAUUUCUCAAAUAUGUUUACUGUAACGAAUAAAGACUAUCCUUUGAUUAAACAACUCGCAAUUAUUGACAUUAAUGAAAAUGGUACUGUAGCUACAGCAGUAACAUCUGCUUUUAUAUGUUUUCGAUCACUACCAAUACCACCUGAAGUUGAGAUCCACUUUAAUAGACCUUUUCUAUAUUUUCUAGUAAAAAAAAUUGAAAUUAGCGAUAAAGUAUCCUCUUACAUGACAAUAUUUAUGGGACAGUUUACUGGAGAAAAACAAUAA